GUUAUUUUUUUGCAUAAACAUGGAUACGGAGUGCGCGUCUCAUGAGAUCUCAAGCUCAACUGAAAAAACGAAUGUAGUUGAAGUCGAAAGUGUUGUUCAAUCAUGGAUGGUCGACUAUUAUUUCGCGACACUAUGUCGGCACUUCAAGGCAAGAUCUGGACCGGAGUUUCAUAAAGCUUUAAAAAUAUUUGAAGCUUUGGUGGAUGAGCUCGAGUCAUGUUCCCACAGGUCAGGUCCUCCCUCUCAGAGAACGAUCUGCUGCCUCCUUGCCAGAGUGAUAGAUGGGGAACAACUGGAUGUCCAUUAUGAUCGCUUUACUCAAAUCACUCCCUUGAUGUCAGCGCUGCCGAUUUGGGAGUCAUUAAAGGAAGCGUCCGAUACAGAUUUACACGCUAAGAUCAAAACGCUACUGAUUGUCCAGUCUGUCGCUGUGUGUGUGAAGAAAGGGAAUUCAAAGUUGGCGAAGGAAACCCUGCAGUGGCUGGAAAAAGAGACUGAAAUACCUGAGAAACUACAAGGAAAGCUUACCGCCAUUGUGAGUAAGAAAGAUGCAUUUGAUCCGCUUCUGAUGAACCUCACUUUCAACCAGCUGUUGGAGAACAUUGACAUGUUCCUCGACGCAUUCAGCCUGGAAAGUCCCUCCGUUUUCUUACUCGAAGCAGCAUCAAAAGUAGUUGAAGCACGUCAUGAGAGAUCAGAGAAAACGUUAUCUGAACAGGACAGAAGCGAGAGGAUGCCAUCCAGCCCAGAGUCAAUUAAAACAGAAGAAGAUGAGGCACAGGUGGAUCAACUGGUGCUAAAUAUGAGACCCAAAAGGAAACUUCUUUCCAAACAAACUCAUGACCCGUGGAAACCAGACACUGCUAAGAAAGAGCGACCCAAGAGAACCUCCAUUUGCAAGGUUUCUAGGAGAAGUAGUAGCCCUUCGGAAUUACAAAGCGAUGUUAGUGUGACAAGCAAAACCAGGAGGAAGUGGACUGCGAUAGAUGAUCGGAUGCUGAAAGCAGGUGUGAAGAAACAUGGGGAAGGCAACUGGAGCAGGAUCCUGAAUGACUUUGAGUUUAACAACCGCACUGGUGUUAAUCUUAAGGACAGAUGGAGAACCCUGAAGAGUAAGGGAGAGGACUUCUGAGCUGCUGCUGCUGCUUUUUUUUUUA